UACAUGCACCCAGCUCUGUUCCAUUCUCCCGGGCCAUGGGGAGACCCCUGGAAGCAGGGUGUCAUGAGAAUGUGACCUGUAUGGUCAUCGUGAUGGCCCUGAGCCUGGUUGAUUAAAUGCUAUCCUGGCACCAAACUGAAAUUCUGAAUAAUUCUUGACAAAGGCCCCACAGUUUCAUUUUGUGCUCAGCCUUUCACUUCAUGUAGCAGGUUCUGAUUGUGGGGCCAAAACUCAUGUCCGGGAGAGAAAUUAUGGGGGCAACUCUGUGUGUAUGAGAAGAGGGGUGUGUGUGUGUGUGUGUGUGUGUGUGUGUGUGUGUGUGAGACUGAGAAACAAUGAGUCUUAUGGGACAAAGUGUUACUUUAACAAUUAGACCUGACAUAUUUGUGGGAAGAGCUGGAGAAUGGAGGGUCUAUAGGUGAGAAGAAACACCAAUCCCAGUAGAUCCUUUAUAUCUUAAUACCCUGAAGGUGGGAGGUGGGAGGUGGGCAGUGCUUUCCUGGAAACUUAAAAAUCCUCUCAGGUGCCUGGGCCAGCAGCCCAGUACUGGCAUUGGCCUCAGUGUCUAUUCCUCCUUUUUGUGGUGCCUUCCAACCUCCCCACACCCUACCAUCGCCCCCAGCCCCACCCGCAUUCUAACCAUGAGGUUGAGCUGAUGCUCCAGGAUGCUUUGGGAUGGUGACCAAGGGAUCGUGGAAUCAUCGUUGAGGAAUAAAGUGAUCCAGGGCUCAGUGACCAGAUUGGGGCCAUAAGGUGGAGACUCUUGAGGAAGUCUAUGGGGUACUCCCUGCCUCGUUGGUUGAGCCAAGGGGUUAGGGGUGAAAGGGGCCUGGGGUGCUGUGGGCCUGCAAGGUCAGCAGUCAGGAAGAGCAGCUGGAUGUAGGCACCGCUGUGUCUGUCCCCUCCUCAGAGAGGGAUGGCCACUGCCAAUUCCUCCCUCAGCCAACUCUCACCAGUACCAUAGAGGGUUGGGUAUCUGGGAACCAGAUUGCCCUGCACACUCCAGAACAAUGUUCAUACUUGUACGCUUGUGUGUCAUGGUAAGUGUGAGUGUGUGAGCAUGUGUACCACAGGUCUGGGAGUUGGUAAGUCAUAUAAGAUCAAUGUCACUGUUACCUCCACAGACAUCCAUAAGAAACUGAGGAGUGAAAUGCUCAAGGCUGUAAACACAUUCUGUGAUAAAGUCAAACCCGAAGAAGAGGACCAGGUCCACAUAUGCCUAGAAGAGCUGGAGAACAACUUCAAUGAGGCUGCGCUGGAUACCGUAUUUGCUCACUGUGAGAACAACCAGGAAUCUACUCCCUUACUUCCGGAGCAGCAGCAGGAACUGCGUAACAGGGUCCGUAGCAGAGUCCGCCCUGGACAGAAACCAGGCCCGGAGUGGGACCCUGAGCCAGAAGGAUCGCACAACCAAAGUCCAGGGGCCCAGAAGCCUUGGGAGAGCUUUUGUGAAUGGAUAAUGAGGUUGUUCCAAAAGAUGCUAAGUCGACUGCAGAAGAUGUGGCAGGACGUGGUGGCCUGGGUGCAGGAGAAGUGGGCCUCCUUUGUCAGCGUGGUGAAGUCCAUCUGGAUCGACAUUAAGGAUUUCUGCUCCCGUGUGGCACAGUACUUCUCAAGUUAAUUCCUGGUCUAAAGAGUCCCAUGAGGUACUGGAGGAGCUCAGUCACACCUCCCAGCCCUUUGAUUCCCCCCCACUCCUUCUCAGAAAGAAUCUUCUGAAGUAACAUUUGCUUUCCUGCUCACCCUUGACCCAUCCUCGACAACCUCCCUCACUUCCACCCUGUUCACAGCCUCUCCAUCUAGCUUGCCUGGGUUUCGUUCUCUUGCUACAGCAUUUUAUUAAACGUUGGUUGGCC